ACCUUGGGUAAAGAAGAAUUGAAGAGAUUACAUCCUUAUUUACAUGUUGAUGAUAUAGAAGGAGCAAUUUGGGUACCAGAAGAUGCUGUUGCAAAUCUAAAUGCAAUUUGCGAAGUUUUAGCAAAAUUGGCAAAGCAGGGAGGAGCACGAUAUGUUGAGCACUGUCGUGUAGAAGGAGUAAAAACUGAAAAAGGUGCUGUUAAAAGUGUCAAGACUGAAUAUGGUACUGUUUCCUGCCAAUAUUUUAUUAACUGUGCCGGAAUGUGGGCUCGUGAAUUAGGAUUAAAAUGUACACCACCAGUUCGAAUUCCUGCGUAUCCUGCGGAACAUUUAUACGCAAUCAUACCACCUUUAUCAUUAGAAAUCAGUGCUUCUCUUCCUUAUAUACGAGAUUUUGAUUCAUACUCAUAUAUGAGAGAAUGGGAAGGUGGAUUCUUACUUGGCUGGUUUGAAUCUGAUGCAAAACCCGCGUUUGGCAGCGGUCAAGUUCCUUCAAAAGAUUGGACAAAACAUGUGAAAAGUGAUCCAGCUCAUUGGCAGCCGUUAUGGGAAAAAGUUAUACAUAGAUUACCAAUCUUAAAAGAAAUAAAACAUCCAAAUAUAUAUAAUUGCCCUGAUAAUUUUACUCCAGAUGGUAGAUGGAUAUUAGGAGAAAGUCCUGAAGUAAAGAAUUAUUUUGUUGCUGUUGGAAUGAAUGGUAAUUCAUUGCAAGGUGCUGGUGGAAUUGGUAAAGAAAUCGCCGAAUCAUUAAUAAAUGGCGAAUCGACACAAGAAGUACUACCGUUCAAUGUGCAAAGAUUUCUAGAUUUACACAACAAUAAACAAUAUCUACAACAGCGAAUGAAAGAAGUGGUUGGUCGAAAUUAUGCUAUUUUAUAUCCUCAUCAAUCUGAGUAUAAAUAUGCCCGAAAAUUGCGUUGUUCACCUUUGUAUUCCGUUUUGGAAGAACGUGGUGCAAUUUUUGGUGUAAAAAUGGCUUAUGAACGUCCACUUUACUUUGAUCCUACUUAUAGACGAGGACAGAAAAAACCGAUUAUGCCCAAAGGCAGCUUUUAUAAACCAAAAUUCUUUGAUUUUAUGAAGGAUGAAUUUCAAGCGUGUAGAGAAGGCGUCGGGAUAAUAGAUAUGAGUUCAUUUUCGAAAAUUGAAAUUAAAUCUAGUCAUGGAGAAGUGGUAAAGUAUCUACAACAAUUAUGUUCUAAUGAUGCUAAUAUACCAGUUGGCGGAAUAGUUCAUACAGGAAUGCAAAAUGAGAAAGGUGGUUAUGAAAAUGAUUGCAUGUUAGUACGACAAGGAGAAAAUAGCUAUUUCAUGGUCUCACCUACAUCACAGCAGACACGUAUUUAUCAAUGGAUGUCUAGACAUUUGCCAGCAGAUCAUUCAGUAGGUCUUAAUGAUGUGACUUCAAAAUAUACAGUGAUCAAUAUAGUAGGUCCCAAAGCUACUGACCUACUUUCUGAAUUAUCCAAUUCUGACAUCAAUCUUUCACCCUUCACUUAUAAGACAGUAAAUGUUGCAUAUGCUUCGGACGUUAUGGUAAUGGCAUUUACACAUACGGGUGAAUCUGGUUAUUGUCUCUACAUACCUUCGGAAUAUGCACUGCAUGUUUAUUCAACACUAAUGGCUGUAGGUAAAGAUUAUGGUGCAAGAGAUGUUGGUGUACUCACACAACGUUUUAUGAGAAUAGAGAGAUUUAUUCCGUUUUGGGCUGAAGAAUUGACACCGUAUGUUACACCAUAUGAAGCUGGAAGCGGUUACAGUGUAAAAUUGGAUAAAGGUUCUUUUAUUGGCAAAUCUGCUUUAAAACAGCAGAAGAUACAAGGAGUAACAAGACGACUAGUUCUAUUUGUUCUUGAUGGCAUGGACUUGAACAAAGAUGUAUGGGCGUGGGGUGGUGAACCAUUAUAUCGGAAUGGUGAAUUUGUUGGUACUGUUACAUCAGCUGGUUAUGGUUUUGUAACAGAGAAACUCAUUUGUCUUGGAUUUAUUAGUCUUCCUGGAACAGAAUCUAAACAAGAAACCAAAAUUAUCACAACAGAUUUUAUAAUGGAUCCAACAACAUGUUAUGAAAUUGAUAUUGCCGGAACUAAAUUUCCUGCUAAACCACAUAUCCAUCCAUUGCCCAUACCAAUAAGCAGUAAAUUAAACAAAAAAUAUAUUCCUACUCCAGUUAUCUCGUACCAAAGUGACGUUUCACGUUAAAAAUAAUACUCUAGUCUCUAGUCUAAUACUAGUCACUUUUGUUAUCUGUUCAAAAUUUAAUAAAUAUGUUAUUUGUGAUUUUAUAUAAAUUAUAAAAAUAUUAGCAACUCUUAAUAUUAUUAGUUAAUAAUUUUAUUUAUUAGUAAUUUUAAUGGAUUGUUUUUAUUUAUUAAAUACAUAUAGUCUGAAACAACUCUUAUUUUACAAUGUAAACUGUUGCAAAUCUACAUUAAUAGAUCAUUCAUUACGCCAAAUGUAACAUUUUCAUUAUAUUUGUAGAAUAAUAAUUGUAGAAAUAAAUUUUUUUUAUUUUUAGGUCAAA